GUGUGUCCGUGCUCCGGCCAGUCGGACCACCAGCACCCAGGGGAGGGGAUGGUGCAGCCUAGCAGGUCUGGCUCCCACCCAAAUCCCACCCAACCCCCCGAGUUCUUCCCCGGGGCUAAGAGGCGGGGUCCCUCACUGCGAGCGACGCUGAAUGCCCUGCCUCCGUCCCUCCUCUGGGAGGAGCUUCUUCAUGACCGUCGGACUUAAUCCUGAUGCCUGCCUCGACCUUCCGGUCCACUUGCCGCCCACUGUUCCCGGAAGCUGAGGCCCAUUGGAUCGCUAGCAGAGCGCAGUACUGAGCCGAGAUCACACUACCCUAUUCACGCUUUGUGCUCGUGCCUAGGAGUCUUGACCAGUGGAUAGCUGAGGCCCAAGCAGAAACACUGACUGCCACACCAUUCUCUUGCCAUCUGUGUUUCAGGGGGCAAUGGCGACUUGUGUUCUCCUGCACACUGGGCAGAAGAUGCCCCUGAUUGGACUGGGCACCUGGAAGAGCGAGCCUGGCCAGGUACAAGCAGCUAUUAAGUAUGCUCUGAGUGUAGGCUACCGCCACAUUGACUGUGCUGCUGUCUACGGCAAUGAGACCGAGAUCGGGGAGGCCCUGAAGGAGAAUGUGGGACCUGGCAAGGCAGUACCUCGGGAGGAGCUGUUUGUGACUUCCAAGCUGUGGAACACUAAGCACCACCCUGAGGAUGUGGAGCCUGCCCUCCGGAAGACACUGGCUGACCUCCAGCUGGAGUAUUUGGACCUCUACCUGAUGCACUGGCCUUUUGCCUUUGAGCAGGGAGACAACCCCUUCCCUAAGAAUGCUGAUGGGACCGUCCGCUAUGACUCCACCCACUACAAGGAGACCUGGAAGGCUAUGGAGACACUGGUGGCUAAGGGGUUAGUGCGGGCGCUGGGCCUGUCCAACUUCAACAGUCGGCAGAUUGAUGAUGUGCUCAGUGUGGCCUCUGUGCGCCCAGCUGUCCUGCAGGUGGAAUGCCACCCAUACCUGGCUCAGAACGAGCUGAUUGCCCACUGCCAAGCACGCGGCCUGGAGGUGACUGCUUAUAGCCCUCUGGGCUCCUCUGAUCGCGCUUGGCGUGAUCCUAAUGAGCCUGUCCUGCUUGAGGAGCCAGUGGUCCUGGCAUUGGCUGAAAAGUAUGGCCGGUCUCCAGCUCAGAUCUUGCUCAGAUGGCAGGUCCAGCGGAAAGUGAUCUGCAUCCCCAAGAGUGUCACACCUUCCCGUAUCCUUCAGAACAUCCAGGUGUUUGACUUCACCUUUAGCCCAGAAGAGAUGAAGCAGCUAGAUGCCCUAAAUAAAAAUUGGCGAUACAUUGUGCCCAUGCUUAUGGUGGACGGGAAGAGGGUCCCGAGAGAUGCAGGGCAUCCUCUGUACCCCUUUAAUGACCCAUACUGAGACCACAGCUUCCUGGCUUCCUUUCCAGCCCUCUAGCUAUGAGGUCCUGCCACCCUCAGAAAGAGGGAGUUAAUAAAGCCACUGGAGCAUCCACA